UGAUGCCAGGGCUUCUGGGUUGGAUUAUAUUGCUGUUUUGGUGGAGAUUAUCCGGAUCUGGUGCUGAAUUUUGAGAGAUUUUCUGAAUAUAGAGUGACACUGUGAUUGGCCUCAUCAAUUAAGACCAAAGCCAGUAAGUAUGGUUCUUGGGUUAAGAUCGAAGAAUCGAAAGGGCCUUCCAGUGCAGCUUGAUUACCUUGUUCAUGUCCAGGAGAUUAAACCUUGGCCUCCAUCACAAUCUUUGAGGUCUAUUCAAUCUGUGGUGCUUCAUUGGGAAAAUGGUGAUCGGAGUUCUGGUUACUUAACUACUAAUGUCAUUGAUGGGAAAGUUGAAUUCGGUGAGUCUUUUAGGCUUCCGGUUAAGCUAUCUCCGGAAUCAUCAAGAAAAGGGGGUGGUUUCCAGAAGAACAACUUAGAGUUUUACUUGUAUGAAAUAAAAAAGGAGAAGGCAGUGAGAGGUCAACUCUUGGGAUCAGCUGUUAUAAAUCUUGCAGAUCAUGGAGUUAUCACAGAAAGCUUAAGCUUUCAUGCUCCAAUCAAUGUCAAGAAGAGUGCUAAGAACACAGCGCAACAACCAUCUCUUUAUAUUACCUUUCAGUCAUUUGAUAGAGAUAGCUCCUGCUCAUCUCCAAAGAGCAGCUUGUCGAAAGAAGCAUCACUGGACAAAGAUGGGAGUGAAUCUGUUUCAGAAGUGACAAAAGAAGUGAUUGACGAUGGAAGUGAGAUUGCCGCAUUUACUGAUGAUGAUGAUGAUGACCUUUCUGCUCAUUCAUCACUAUCUUCACACUCUUUUGCUUUGAAAUCGACCAGAGUUUCGUCCGGUCAACAUGAUAAGCCAGUUGCUCUUAAUAUGCCGAGUGGAUCAGAAUUGUUAGAGGACAACACGGGAAGGAUUAACAGGGAGCCUGCUUUAUCCAGACAUGUAGCUAUGAACCCAGUGGUGAAUAUGAUAGCUGAAGCUCACAAAGAUACGAAUGGGAGUUCAUCGCAGCCAUCAUCAACAACAAGUUACAAAGAUAUGAAUGAGAGUUCAACCCAUCCAUCAUCAACAGGCUUAUCCACUGGUAAACUCAGGGAUCCAGUAAGUGAUAUUGCAGCCAAUGUUAUGUCACCAGACGUACAAAGUUCGCUAGGUAUGAGCCCUAAAUGGUCAAGCUUUGAAAUUCCUGAAAUCAAUCAAAUGGAUGAGAAGGCUUUAAGCCGUGAGAGAAAUGGUCUGGAGGAUUCUCUAACCAUUAAACCUUACACUGAUGGUUGGAAGAACAAAGAAGAAAAGGAGCAACAAAAGAAUGGACAUGACAGGGAGAUUUUGGACGUGGAGAAACGUUAUACGGAUGACCAUAUAGUCAGAAAAUUACCUCGAGAUGCUGCAAGAGAGAAAGUCAAAUUAAGAAGUAAUACUCUAGUAGCCAAUAGACCACUUGAAGUGCCGAAUGGAACUCUUAUAAACAAUAAACUAAAGCACGUGAAUUCUGCUCCAUUGCAUUUGGAAUCCACCACAAGCAAUGGCCUCUCCCGGAAUAGUCAGUUCCUGGAGAAGGCAUCAAAAGUUGAUGUAUCUCGAGGUGUUAACAAUGGUAAUAUAAAAGCAGCAAGUGAAAGAGAGGAAAAACCCAGUGGCUAUUCGGAUAACAAAGAUGAACUGAAGUCCAAAGUUGAAAUGCUUGAGGAAGAGUUAAAGGAAGCUGCUGCUCUUGAGGUUGGCCUUUAUUCUGUUGUGGCUGAGCAUGGAGGUUCUACAAGUAAGGUCCAUGCUCCAGUUUGGCGCCUGUCUAGAUUUUAUUUUCAUGCUUGCAAAGCAAGAUCUAAAGCUAGGAGUGCAAGUGCGGCUAGAGCUGUGGUCUCAGGAUUAGUUUUGGUUUCCAAAGCAUGUGGCAAUGAUGUCCCAAGGUUAACUUUCUGGCUGUCAAAUUCAAUUGUGCUGAGAGCCAUCAUCAAUAACGAGAGGACAAAGACCAAGAGAUUUUCUCCAAAAUCAAUGUUUUCUCCUCAUGAAGAGAAAAAUGAUAUGAUAGAAGGUUCUGAUGAAUGGGAAGAACCCCAAACAUUUGUAGUUGCUCUGGAAAAGAUUGAAGCUUGGAUAUUCUCCCGAAUCAUUGAGUCAGUCUGGUGGCAGACUCUUACUCCGCAUAUGCAAUCCACAGCUGUGAAGAGCACCAGCACAAAGAAAAGUCAUGCCAGGAUGCCCGGAUUGGGAGAUCAAGAACAAGGAAAUUUUUCUAUCGAUCUUUGGAAGAAGGCUUUUAAGGAUGCCUGUGAAAGACUUUGUCCAGUUCGAGCUAGUGGCCACGAAUGUGGCUGCUUGCCUUUACUGGCUAGAUUGGUGAUGGAGCAGUUGGUGGAUAGGUUAGAUGUGGCCAUGUUCAAUGCCAUUCUUCGUGAAUCAGCCGAAGAUAUGCCAACAGAUCCUAUGUCAGACCCCAUUAGUGAUGCUAAGGUUCUGCCUAUACCUGCCGGAAAAUCGAGCUUUGGUGCUGGUGUACAACUGAAAAAUGCUGUUGGAAACUGGUCUAGAUUUCUAACAGAUCUUUUCGGCAUUGAUGACAAUGACAUUCUGAACAAUGAAAAUGAGUCGGAUGACAACAGAAGAGAAUGUGAGACACACUUCAAGGCAUUCCAUCUUCUUAAUGCAUUGAGCGAUCUCAUGAUGCUUCCAUUUGAAAUGCUUGCAGACAAAUCCACCAGAAAAGAGGUAUGCCCUACAUUUGGUGCGCCUAUGAUUAGAAGGGUUCUUAGCAAUUUUGUCCCGGACGAAUUCAACCCAGAUCCAAUCCCAGAAGUUUUUCUUGAUUCCCUGGAUUCUGAGGAUUUUUCGGACGACGAGGAAGUGUUGAUCACUAGCUUUCCGUGGACUGCUGCUCCUACAGUCUAUUCAGCUCCUCCUACAUCUACCCUAAGAAGCAUUACAGGAGAGGUGGGAAAUGAAACCCUUCUGAGAAGUGGAUCAACAUUGCUUACUAGUGGUGAUGAGCUUGAUGAGUUUGAUUCCCCCAUAACUUCCAUUGAUAUCAACAACUUAAAGGUUUCACCUUCGACAGUACCUGACUGGACGCCAAAGGGUAACAAAGGCCGGAAAGUUGUCAGAUAUCGGCUCCUCCGGGAAGUAUGGAGGGAUGGUGAAUAAAGGCAUACUAUUCCCUUUUUGUUAGUUUGUUAGUUAUUUAUUUAUGUACAUAAAGGCAUGUGCUUGUGCAUAACAGUGUUUCAUUUCUUAACCAUUAGCUCAAUAUUUUUGUUUAUUAUCAGUUAUAUUCAACAAUUAAUAGCAAAUAACAAUGGUAAUGGUUUUUUCCCCUCAA